AUGAUGCGUUUGUUUCGAGCUCUACAACAUCGGUAUACCCGUAUGAAGCGUUUCCGUGUGCCCAAAUGGAUCACGACUCUCAUCAAUGUGAUUUUGAUAUAUUUUUCUUACAAGGCUUUGGUCAUAACCUAUGAAUCAUACUCUCUAGAUGAACCUCUUUGGCAUGUGACAAAGCAUCAUUUGAACAAGCCUUUUUACCCGCCAAAUGACUAUUUUGCUGGUGGAUCUAAGAAACCAUUGAAACAUUCUAAUAUCAGAGUCAUGCUUCAAAACGAACAUUACAAAUCACUAGUUGCUUCCGAGCUCAACUAUACCAGCUAUUUCGAAGACCUUGAAGAAACAGUAUAUUCAUUAGAACCACUGCAAUAUACAGGUGAUUUCCAAUCAUUUAUGGAAAGUUAUACAUCCCGAUGCAGGAAUCUGUCCUUAUCAUUUUCACAUCCCGAACGCAGUAUAACGAACAACGGUAAGCCUGUCAUUUGGGAUACGAUUUUUCUUGAUAAUCCCUAUGAGACUUUAUCAAGAAACGAUCUAUUGAUUAUGAGCUUUGAUGAGAUUUUCCUCCAUGACUUGUCUUUAAAGCACGAAGGAAUUAUACAAAGUUUACCAUCUGGAAAUCAGAAGUAUUUUUCAAAUUCAGGAUAUGUAGUUAUAGGUGGUGGCAUCUAUUCAUGGUAUGCUUUACUUACCAUCCAAACUCUGAGAAAUUCGGGUUCUUCAUUGCCUGUGGAGGUGAUGAUUCCUAGCAAUAAUGAAAUCGAUGAAGAGUACUGUCAGCUCCUGACUAGAUGGAAUGCUAAAUGCAUCUCCUUUGAAGAUAUAUAUGGGCCCACAGUUCUGUCCCUUGGUGUUAGAGGGUACCAAUUAAAGGCUAUGGCUAUAAUUGGCUCUUCAUUUUCUAAUGUCUUGUAUUUAGAUUCGGACAUACUUAUCUUGAAAAACCCUGAUAAACUAUUUACCUCUACCGUAUUUGAAAAGUUUGGCUUUAUUACGUGGCCUGAUUUCUGGAGACGUACAACUUCACCGCUCCUAUACGAGACGAUAGGACAUGUUGGAGGUAGUGUGCGAUUUCUUAACGACUUUUGGAGUGGCAGGAAGGGUGAAAACUACCAUGACAGGCAAGGAACUUUAGCAGAGUGGUCUACCGAGGCUGGUCUGCUUCUCAUCAAUAAAGCAACACAUUUUUCUAUGCUACUGCUUGCACUAUACUACAACCUAAAUGGCCCUGCUGGUUACUAUCCACUAUUGUCGCAAGGAGGUGCAGGAGAAGGUGACAAGGAGACAUGGGCCCUAUCCGCACUCGUACUAAACUCCACACAUUGGCAAGUUAAUAAAUACCCAGGGAAAACAUACGGUACAUGGAUGAAGAAUGUCAAUUGGUUUGUUGACAGCGGAAUUGUUCAGUUUGAUGCUGAGGAUGAUUUCUAUGGUAUUUCCCACUUGAAUGAAUACCAUAAUGAGUGGGAAAGUGAAAUCAAUUAUAAUUAUGAUUACAUGUUUGGGAAACACGCAUACCAGAUGCAAGAGGUUAUACCACCGAAGAGUGGGGUGCCCAUAAAGGAACCACGGAAAAUGUUUUAUCACCUCCACUCGCCAAAGUUAGAUCCAUGGGAUUACGUUUUAGAUAACCUAUUCGUUGAUCGUAGCAACAGACCUUUAAGGAAUUUUGGAACUAUAGAGGAUCUUGGCUGGGAUUUGGAAAGAUGGAUUUGGGAAUACAUUGAGCAAGUGUUAUGCCAUGAGAGUGAGGUUAAUCAUGCACUUCAAAAUAUGCAGUGUUUCAACGGUAGGGAUUUUAAGAGAGUGUGUACCGAGGACGGUAGAUUAAAGUCUCGUAUUGAGUGGUUGAAGAAGAACUAA